CUCGCUUCUUCACUCGCCGUAUUUCUUGCACCCUCGGCUCCAGCUCCCAUCACUAUCGUAAUCUUCUCUUUCAAUAACUUAGUAGCUCUACGGGUAGUGCAUCUCUUCACGCAGAACCUUCACAUCUCUCGCCGUUCACCUCUCGUAUAAGAAACUCCUCAAGAUCACUGUCGACUUCGUCCGUCCUCGAUUAGACAACUUCUUGAAGAAGGCAGCGACUUCAAGUUGGAAUGGCGCAGCAGCAAGCUCCGAACAUGCAGAACAUGGCACCAGCGGGAGCGUACGUCGCUCCGCCACCCCCUUACGCCGCGGCAGCGCCAGCGCCAACGCCCGCAAGCGCCCCUGACGGGUGCUGCGCCAACAACAAGCGCUCCGCGCUGUACACGUGGCUCCCUCUCAGCCUUCGCAUCGGAAUCUUCCUGUGGUGCCUCAUCGCAUUCAGCCUGUGCUUUGCCGUCAAGGGAUCAGUGACCGUGACGGCGUACGGCGCGGGAGCGUACCUGGUGGCAAUGACGAUCCUCGGGUUCAUAUUCGCCGUACUGUUCAUCAUCUACAACGUCGCGCGCAUCUUUGUCGCGGGCUCAGAGGUCUACGACGCCAAAAUGGACCUCACCCAGCUCUUUGAGACCUAUAUAAUGUCAAUUUUGCUCUUCGCAGCCGCCACGUCAUCCGUAGCUGCGUGUAACUUGUGGUGGACCACUAACGCAGGGACAAGCGUGCCGAAUAAUACGAUGAAUGAUCCAAAUGCAAACAGCUACUACGACCUCGCCAAGGAUAUAGGAAAAGUUUCGGCCUACUAUGACCCUAACACAGAACUCGGAAAAGUUUCGGGCUACUAUGACCCUAACACGGAACUCGGAAAAUUUCGGGGCUACUACGACCCUGAAGCGGAACUCGGAAAAGUUCGGGGAGCGGCUGCCAUGGCGUAUUUGGCGUCCUUCACCUACAUCGCACUCUACUGGUACUACAACGUCCGCCUGUUCAAGCGUGUGGUCCUCAAGGCUAGCUUGGAAGCGGCAGCACCCACAGCCCAGGCAGCCAAGGACAACGUCCCUCCUUACAAUGUGUGAAGGGUGAAGGCUUGCAAGUUGCACUGCAUAUGGAAGUCGGCCAAUGGGAUACGCCCCUGCUCAGUGUGUGAAGCCUGCAGGGUUUCUAGUCUCUUUGUCUGGUGUACUGUAGUCUAGGACAAAUGAGGUUGUUAAUUUGUGAUUGCUUGUUGCUCAUCUAUGCUAGCAAGGUGGGGUCUGUGUGCUGUGUAUGUUUGGGUCUCUUUUGAUU